ACUCCGCGACGUACCUGAAUUUUAUCCAAACAAGGAUUGCAAAUCAGCAUUCCCCUCUACAACAACAACUUCAAUUAAUUCCAAUAAGAACUGUUUUCAUAAUAACUGUAGAUGUCGCCGUCAGUAGCGUAAAUUUGCUAUUCGCAAUUGAAAUAUUUUAAAAAAGAAACAGACGCGCGCCGUAAAAGUUUAAAACAGCAUAAUAUUAUAAAUUCAGUAAAAAAUAUAUAAAAUGUGGUGUAAUUAUGAACCAUCUCAAGUUGAGGAUGAAACCAUAUCGAAUGCGUUUUCAUCUCGUGGUAUUUUCAGAAUCAAAAGUGGGGAAGAGGUCAAAGAAUAUCCGCAAGUGCUUGCAUCAUUGCAAAAUAAAAAGGUUGUCAUCGCUGUGGAUAAAAGUUUAAUAUUGCUCGAAGACGAAUUGGAGGCCAAAUGCAGUUUUCUGAACUUCAGCGCCCAUAUCGAUGCUAUAGCAAUCUCUACAACGGGAUAUAUAAUUUUGGUCGGUUUGCGAAACGGCGAAAUACAUGGCAUAUUUAUUAAAGGAUUACUUUUAUUUAAUUUAACUGUGAAUACGGACGACGUUCAUUUAACGGGACGCACUUUUGCGGGUAUACAACAACUGGACGGGAAGUUUUAUAUAAGUUGUACAAAUGGAAGUGUUUAUCGGCUCAGUGACAUCGACGAAUCGCCACUCGAAGCAAAUACAAAUUUUACAUUGAGAGAAAAUGACACUGUAACUUUUGAAGAAAGCAUGUUCGAAGCCGUUGCUAUUACAAGAAUCAUGAGUAAUGGACGUGGUUUAAACGAUUUGGAGUCGACAGUUAUGAUAGCGCGGAGUAGUUGCGAAACAGAUGUUGAACAGCAUUUACCGCUUUAUAUAGCAGGUUCACGUAACGCAGUUUUCUGCAGAGAUCGCACGAAUAUCACAAAAAUUACUUUACCCGAACGUUUUAAUGGUGUGAAACAUAUUUUCAAUUUAGAGAAUUUCAUUUUACUUUUAACUUACUCCGGUCAUCUAAUAGAAUUCUGUCCGAUAACGAAAAUUUUAAAUUUUCCAAAAGUGCAAAAGGACAAUGAACUUCUUAUUGAUGAAAUAAUCAUUCUGGAAUGCAAUGAUGAGUCUAUCGAGUUGCUUGUGCUGGUUAAGUCAACUGAAACGGGAAGCGAACGCCUUAUAAAAUUUGUGGAGUAUCCAUCUUUUAAAUGCAACAACGAGCUAGAAGUGUCAGAACAGGCGUGGCUUGUGCAACAGCCGAAAUCUUCAGCUAAUUUAUACUAUCUUAGUGGCAAAGACAUAAAUGCAGAAAACUUACCAAAUGAGAUUGAAAUGAUUUUGGUCUCCGAAACACAUCCUAGCGAACGUUUUAAGAAACUUUUAUCAAAAGGACUUUUAGAUGAAGCUGAGAGUUUCGGCAAGCAGUUUGAAUUGUGUCUACAACCACUUUAUGAGGCAAAAGCAAAGCGUAUAUUGCUGGCGUUAACGUCAUUCGGCGAUAAUAAUGCAGAAUUGCUAGAACAAUAUUUCAAGGACUUACUUGCGGUUUUACAAAAUAUUGAAAAUAGUGAUUUUUUUAAACACAACCGCAUGAUUAAUAUGCCCUCACGCCGAACGCUGGAGCGUUACUUAUUGGAAAUUCUCAAGCAUUUGAACGAAGAAAAUGAUGAAGUGGAUUUGCUAGAAGUACGCGAACAGCUACGACGUUUAGAAACGCUUACAAUUCUUGAUCCCUACGAGGUCAACUCGGAAUGGUCGAAAUUCGUGUAUCAUGCAAAUCUUACGAAAAUGAUUGUAGCAUUGUUUAAAACCGAUAUGCCAGCUGCAUGUUUGAUUUGGAAGCGCCACACUAGCGCUAUUAUGAAACAUUUGAAAGAAGCCGACAUACGGCAACUACUCACACUUAUACCGAAUCACACGGAACCCUUUCAUGUGUUGCAAUGGCUGCGCCAAUUUGUGCCUACCGUCAGCAAUACCCAUCCCAAGUUAACACCAUACUUUGCGGAAUGGUGUGUACAAAAGACGCGUACAUUGCAAUAUGCCGACCAUUGGCCAGAGAUUGGGCUAGAAUUUGCAAGUAAAGUGGCGGAGAUAUUCGAGGAUAUUGAAUUUAUGUAUUGCGACGUACGACGCCAACACGAACACAAUAUUGUUAAAUUUCGCGAAUUGGUGAAUGCAUUGGAGGAUUUGUCGGUGUUGAAAAAGCGUUACAAUUUAAUAUUUACGCUAGAUAAUUAUCUAAAAGACUCAAUUGAUGAGACCGCGCUAUGUAUAUUGCAACGCGUGCAUUUGGAUAAUUUAAAGAGUCUGGUCAAUGACUUUCUCUAUCCCAUAUUUCAAGAGAAGGGUAAAACUCCAGUGCAGCCCUUGUGUCAGUAUAUCAAACUUUUGGUGACCAAUCGUAAUUCGCUGAGCAGCUGGCUAGAACGUUCGGUGGUCUGCAUAGAUCUACUACACAAUGAAGACGACAGACUUGAGUGCGCUUUACUUGUGCUAAAGAGCGCGCCGGUGCCUUGGCCAAAUGUUGCAAAUCCUCUUAUAAAACUGCGCUAUUCCACACAUCCAAUUGCGUUCCAAAUAAAUGUGGAAUACGAAUUACAAGUUAUAAAAAUUAUGAAAGUAAAAUACGGCUGGCCGGUGGACACAAAUUUAGACUCCAAUAUGCCACUCUUUGUGCAGCGUGUGAUUAAACUGCAAUUUCCGGACAUGUUGGACGACAUACGUACACUUACAAAAAUCGUGCCGGAUAUAGCCAUAAGCGCCAAUUUUAGUUGUUGCUAUCAUUUAGUAUGCAAUAAGAAUCCGGAACUCGCUUAUGAAUUUUUCAAAUCUCUUAGUGAUAAAAAACACAACAAAGCCUGCAUGGAAGUGAUCAAUAUUUUGGCUAACAUGCUUGAGGACCCCACGUCACCCAUUGAUGAUAAGGACAUCGAGCAAGAAAAAGAUUUAAUUGAUUUCUUCCAUUUGAUCGUGCCACAUGCCAACUGUCGCAGCGUUGUGAAGCGUUUGCGCGCCAUACAACAGCGUUUUGUGCUCUGCAACAAAUUUCGUCUGCAUGUUGGCGCCGUCAGUGAAUUGGUGCCACUAACAAAACGUUUGCAGCUGCUCGAUCGCGGCAUUGAGUGUAUAAUGGAUCGUAGUCAGGCAACGGUGAAUGUGCCGCGUUUCAUUGUUAGCGAAGUUGCAGAUCUGUGUGCAGCGCUGCAAUUGGAAAAAGUGUAUGGUGUCUUGCAUAUAAGUCGGCGUAUACACUGUCUGCCGCUCACCAGCGCCUUGGCUUAUGCCAUACUGCAACUUGUGGACUGUACACCGCAAAAUAGCGCUGACUUCAUUGGUUUGGCCUUGGAGCUGCUAACACAACAGAUAUUAGCAAUGCGUAGUAGUAAAAGUGCCAGCACGUGCAACUCUUUAGAGAAAGACACCGAUGUUCUCACAUUCCCUUUAGUCUAUGAACUACUUCUGCAAGCCUCACUACAAGAGCCCCACAAGCUAGCCGAAUUGUCAGAAUUGCUGAAGUAUGUGCAACUAGCCGCUAUUAGUUAUCCCGUCGACGCGCUAACAUGUUUAUACGUCGAUAGAGAGAAAGAGGUCAACGAGAACAUCUGCAAAGCAUUGGAUGUUGCCGAAAUUACGCUCACUGAUAUGACGCUAAAUUUCUCAGCAGCACAAAUAAACACUUCAUUCAAUGCCAAACCCACGACGCCAGCGAAAACCCGUUACUCUGUAUCGAUUUUCGAUCAAGUCGAUGUACAACUUGAGCAACCACAUAUACAAAGUAAGGUCAUUGAGAAAACCGCGAUUAUGAAAUUUGUGGCACGUAGCAUCUUGCUGCUCUUAGCCGAAACAGCGCCCACCAACAGUUUGCUGACGCAAUUGCGCACAAUGCUAAAGGAUGACAUUGAAAAGGAUGCGGCAAUGGAUGAUUUCUUCUCGUCGCUGGAGCAAUUGAUCAAAGCUAAAAUGCAUGAUAUUUGGUACAUAAUGGUGCAAUAUAUUUUGGAAUAUCAAAAGCGACACGAAUGCAAUAUUAUCAGCACCGAUUUCGUUUCGUUACAUUUAUCGCGUGUGUUUCGUAAUGUGAUGUUGAAUAAGGAUGUCAAUUUUAUAGAUCUCUUCGUCAUGCUAAUCGCGGAUAAAAAUAAAGAAUCUUUGCUGAAUAUGCUGAGUAACGAUUUGAAGACAGAUCAACAGCGUCUAAACCUACUGACACUUUCCGAAAUGUACAAUGUACACCAGGAAGGUCACAAUCAUGUAGAAACAAUACGCAAUAAGCGCUUGAAGCAAUACUACUACAUGGAAUUCUGCAAGCAGGACCCCAGCAUAAAAGGCAAAUUCAAUCCCGAAACCGAUAAUAUACAACAAUUAUUGAAAUUGUUUUGCAAUAAGAAAUUAGAUGUGAUUUGGCUUGAGCGUAUGAGUCGCGAUUUCAAUUUAGACUAUCAGCAAAUACUUAUAACGCAGGUACUGAGCAAUUUGGUUGGUCAGGAGCUUAAAUAUGAAAUAAAGACGGAUGCUUUCGGUGAGGAAGAACUGGCUGUACUAAGUACAGUUAACGACAUACGCAAAUUAUGUCAGCCAUAUUUGCAUGCAAUCAAAAAUGCCGAUUUAAUAACGGCAAAGUUGUUACAAUUCAUAAAUGAGAUCAACAUUUAUUUUUACGAGCUGUAUUUGUAUGUUAUAGAAGUACUGUCAUUUUUCGAUAAAAUGCCCAAAGAAAUGGGCAUUUGGAAGAGAGUCUUACAAUUUCUCAAGCAUAAAAUGGUGAAGCGACGUCGCAAUCGACCCGGUCCACUGGAGACCGAUAUGUGGCUAAAGUCACAAAGUGAAAUGGGUGUUAUGCCAAAAAUUGCACGUUUUCGCUUGCCAUUUAAACCAAUUAUCGAACAGCCACUAAAGGAUACUUUGGACAACGAAUUAAGUGUAGACAAUUGUGAGAGCUGGUUUCCGCUCAUGCAAAUGCACACCAUGCUUAAAGGUUCGAGUGAUGUGGCAAAGGUGCGCGAUUAUUUUUGCAUGUCGGCAGUGAAAAACUCCAUUGGCGAGUACAAAGCGAAAACCGAGUCCGAGAUAUGGCAUUUGCAGCCGACGAAUAAUGCAUUCCUGCAAUCGAUACUGCGGCUCGUGAAACAUGUCACCAAUCCAUCAAAAGUAUUCAUGAUACUCUAUUUUGUGGCGAAUUAUGCACCAGACGGCGCCGAUCAAGUGGAAGCUUCGCAUGAGUGCUAUAAGUAUGCUGUGGCACAUAGCGAUGUUAUAACCAAUGAGAAGUAUCAGGAUCAAUUGAUGAAAAUUAAACGCAAAUAUCCCAUACUUAAGACACAGCAUUUGCUGUAUAUUUAUGGUCUCACCGAAGAGAAACUACUGCGUCUGGUUGAGAACCCAACUGAACUAAUUUAUAGCCUUUAUCAUCAUGAGGUGAUAAUGAAGUCCAGCAAGUUGGAUAUUAAUAAAGUGGCGCAGGAGAUUGCUGAUUUGCAUAAUUUGGACUUAGCGGCGAUGCAAUUGCAAUUGCUGCAGAAGUGGUUAUCAUUCACAGUAAGUUCGGGCAGCGAAAAUGUAUUGGAAGAAACCCUGUUCGAAGAACACUGUGCAGACGAGGUUAGCGAGACAAAUGCCGGCAAUGCAGCAGAAAAUGUUAAGAGAUCUAAUUACAUACUCAACAGUUGGCCGAAGAAGGAGGCCGUAGACUUCUUUGUUGCGCACAUUUUUCCAGAUGAUGGUAGCGUAAACACCAGCAAACAAUUGCAAAUGUACGAAUGUUUCUCGAAAUUAAAUGAUGGCAGCGAAUCAUUUAAAAGUGUACUUAGCCAGAAGCAAUACAUCACCAUAAAGUGUGUGCAUGAGUUAAGACAGUUGGGUUACAAUUUAAAUUUGGAAACAUUUACAAAAUGCAAUAAAAUCGAUAUAUUAAAAACGAUUUGGCAACGCAACGCACAAAAUCCGCACACGCUCGAAAUAUUAGCGAAUAUUUGUUUGGGCUUCGAUAUAUUUCACUCGAAAAUCUGGAAUGGUAUACUGAAACGUAUGGCAAUGUUCAAUAUGGUGCGUGAAUUGAAUGCUUUAGUGGAUGUAUUGUCGUGCGAACAAAAAUUCCUAUAUAUAGAGGGUUUGACAGUUGCAUGGGAAUGCGUCUUGUGGCAACCAUUCAAAACUGCCAAUCAGACGCGUUCCAUUGCACAGGAGGAAGUAUUGCAAAAGGCGCUCUUUCGCUUACAGGGUUGUCCAAUUGUACACAGGUUGAAUUUGGUGGAAUUCGCUGAGCUAUGCAUUGGUUUGGAACGUGCACAUAUGGCAGCCGUGGCAUUGGCUUUGUGUCGGGAUGAGGUGAAACGUGAACAUAUCAAAAAAUUGAUACUACCCAGGAAGAAUGAACAAAUGCGCAAGGAAAUUUUGGAAUUGGAAGAUGCGGGAUUGCUUUCUGUGAUUUUAAACUUUGCGCUAAAGGAGCUGGAACUCUAGAUUUCCGAAUUACAUACAAUCACUUAUUGUAAAUGGAAAUUUAAGAAUAAUUUCAAUAAACUUAUUGGAAUGAUUUAA